CCUUAUUCGGCGAAUCUCUCUCUCUCUCUCCCUCUCCCUCUCCCGGGUCCCAACAGACAAUUCGUUGAAGCCCGGAUCUUCUUAUGUCCUUAAAAAAUUCUAGUAAAUCCGCAUUAAAUCUCUAUAAAUCUCCGCGUCUUUCGACACUACGUCCGAGCAUUAACAUCUGUUACAAUCUCCCUUAUCGCCAAUCUCCACCUAUCUCCUUAACCCCUUUUCUAUUGUUUCUCAAAUACCCCCGUCUCUUUCUCGGCUUCUUGGCUUCUCAGUCUCAGCCAUCAUUGACCACCCAAAGAAAAAGAAGAAAGUUGCAACCUUUGGGGUAGAUAGAAAACAGGGCUCCUGGUUAGAAAGAGGCGGGGUCGUUGAUUUCGAUGCAAAUGGGUCUUUUGCAUCUGCUCGUCUUCUCUUCUCUGCUCCUUGCACUGUGCAGUGCGGAGAUUUCGAGCAAGAUCGGAGUGAACUACGGCCAGCUAGGAAACAACCUCCCGUCGCCGACCCGGUCCGUCUGGCUCAUCAAGCACCAGCUCAAGGCCCAGCGCGUCAAAAUCUACGAUGCCAACCCGAGCAUUCUCCGAGCCCUUGAGCACACCGGCAUUCAAGUCUCGGUCAUGGUCCCGAACGAGCUCAUCAACGCCAUCGCCGUCAACCAGACGCUCGCCGACUCGUGGGUCGGGUCCAAUGUGGUGCCUUUCCACCCGGCGACCAAGAUUCGGUACCUCCUCGUAGGCAACGAGAUCCUCAGCUCCGCUGACAACACGACUUGGUUCAACCUCGUGCCGGCGAUGCGAAAGGUCAAGAAGGCCCUGAAGAGGCACAAGGUCCACCACAAGGUCAAGGUGGGGACUCCGCUAGCGAUGGACGUUCUUGCGACGUCAUACCCGCCCUCGAGCGGCUCGUUCAGGCUCGACGUGUCGGACCGUGUCAUGAAGCCGAUGCUCCAGUUCUUGAACCGGACCAAAUCCUUCUUUUUCAUCGACGUGUACCCGUAUUUUGCCUGGUCCUCCGACCCGAAGACAAUCGACCUCAACUACGCACUGUUCGAGUCCAAGAACGUGACCGUCAAGGACCCCGGCACCGGCCUGGUCUACACGAACCUUUUCGACCAGAUGGUGGACGCGGUAACCUUCGCGAUGAAGAAACUCGGGUACCCGAACAUCCCGAUCUGGAUCGCCGAGACGGGCUGGCCCAACGCCGGCGACUACGACCAGAUCGGCGCCAACAUCUACAACGCCGCCACGUACAACCGCAACGUCGUCAAGAAGCUCUCGGCCCGACCGGCCAUCGGGACACCGGCUCGACCCGGUUGGGUCCUGCCUUCCUUCAUGUUCGCGCUCUACAACGAGAACCAGAAGACGGGUCCGGGCACGGAGCGGCACUUCGGGCUGUUGUACCCGAACGAUUCGUUCGUGUACGACAUCGAUCUCAGCGGAGAGACGCCGGACACUGAGUACGGGAAGUUGCCGGCGCCGACGAACAACGAGCCUUACGAGGGGAAGAUAUGGUGCGUGGUGGCGAAGCGAGCGAACCGGAGCGCGUUGGCGUCGGCAUUGUCGUACGCGUGCUCGCAGGGGAACGCGACCUGCGGGCCGAUCCAACCGGGCAAGGCCUGCCAUAGAAAAGGUUCGCUGGUCCGGCAAGCGAGCUACGCGUUCAGCUCCUACUGGGCCCAGUUCAGGAAGACGGGCGGGUCUUGUUACUUCAAUGGGCUGGCCACUCAAACCAUCGAAGACCCAAGUUAUGGAUCCUGCGAGUUCCCUGCAGUGACUCUCUGAAGAACUUGGACUGGCUAGAAGAGGUGAUGCCACCUUCUCCGUUUUUCCUCUUCAGGACUCGGGUGCUUGUCCCCUCUGACAGCAUAUUUUCUUGGAACAACUUGGAUAUUACUGAUUAAGCCAAACUUCUAGGGCAUGUGGCAAACUCAAGUCAAUCGUUUUCAUCGUCUUUGGUUGUGUCAUCACAACGAGCCUUAGAUGAAUGAUGGGCAGGUGAAAUCAGUAGUCAGGUUUCAUCAAAAGUUGCGUUGGUUUCCAGAUUGCUACUAGAAGGUUUCAACGACUACAUCCCACCAUUUUUCAAACCACACUCGACCUUACCUACCUUCUGAUUGAGACAAUUUGUUGAUGAUCCAUGGCAAGCAGCUAUUUCUGCAUGUUCAGACAGACUCUUUCUUUAAAUUCAUAUGAAGCAUUGCUGCUGUAAUUUUUUUUUUCAAUUGCGGAUUAUAAGUUGACGAUAUUGCUGAAAACAUGACUGAUUAUUUCUUGACAUUUCCUUCUUUGGAUUCCUACGAAUAAAGAUGGUUGCAGAUUGAAAUCUA